AUGGAUUCUGAAUAUAAAGAGCCAGAAAUUGAUGCUACAUCAGGAAAACAGCAUACAAAUAACUCAAUACAGGGUAAUAAUGAUCACGAUGAAAAUUUUAUUGAUGUUUCUCAAGUAGAUGACGAAAUUUUAGAAUUAAUUCAGCUGACUAUUGAUCAAGAUACAAUUUCAGAUAGAACAAUCGCAAUAUUAGAAAAUGUUAAGACAUUUACUUUCCAAAAACCAUUCAUUUUCCCAGAAAAUUUUAAUAAUAGUAAUUUAAUUACAGUAUUCUGCCGUUUAUUAGAUUGUGUUGGCAUACUAUCAGAACUAAGUAUUAUUAUUUUAGGGAAUAUCUGGCUUGAAAUCGAAGUAAAAUCUCAUGAAUUGUUUUUUGAGGACGAACUGAUUGAUUCUGUAUUAAAUGUCUUCUAUCAUGCUGAAAUACCUCUGAAAAUACAUACUCUUCGUGCAUUAUCGAACUGUUUUAAGACAAGUCAAAGAGUUGCUGAAUAUGCUCUUAAUCAACCAGACUUUAUUCAACUAACAGGUGAGUUACUGUCUAUUGACCAUUAUUCCCUACGUAAUGAACUCCUAGAUAUGCUUUCCAUCAUUUCAAAAUUUGGAAAUCCAGAAAUCCUGCAGCCAUUUUUCGAACCAUUAUUAGAUAUGAUAAGUAUUAACUAUCCUAAGCCAAGUUCUUUCGCAGCAAUGUUUGUAAAUACAAUGGUUAAGAAAGAUAUAUCUCUAGCCAGAAAUACAGAAGAUUUUCUUCUAAGAUUACUCAAUGGAAUGAAAUUGGGAUAUACUGAUACACUUGUAACAUGCAUAGAUACUAUUUGCGCAAUAAUUCAGAGCAUAAAGAACUCAUUUAAAGAUAGUUCACAAAAGAUCUCUGAUUAUGUAGAUUUUUCGCCACUGUUUAGUGAACAGUUCAUGAAAUACAUCAAUACGGCCAUUUCUAGAAAACUUAUUGAAGAUUCCACAGAAAUUUACAAUCUUCUAGCAAAUUUAAGUCCAGAGAUCGAUGAAACGUGUUGGGAGUUUGGUUUGAUUGAAGAAACCUUCGAUAACAUGGAAGGAGUCUCAUCAAGAAACAAAAUUAUUAUUUUAUCUUAUCUUUGCACUUAUUUUAAGAACUCUCCGAAUGAGAGACGCGAAGAAAUGGCUUUGCGGUUAUUUGGAGAACUUUUACAAGUAAUUGAAAAUGUUGAUGAUUCUCAAACAGUUUUAUUCCUCCAAACAAUGAUAAAUAUAAAUCCAGAUAAUAGAAUUGAGGAUUUUAGUGAUGAAUGGCUCGAAAUAUUAGAUUCAUUUUGUGAUAACGAUAAUGAAGCCAUUUCUAUAAUGGCACAGCAAUAUCUUCAACAACUUGAAGAACAAAAUUAA